UUUAAAUUCAAUUCAAUCAAUUGCUACUCUGUGCUUCCCUUUGACAUGUCCACCGUUUGUGAGUUCAUGCUCGAUCGGCCCAAUGCAGUGUUGUACAGCGGCGAAAGAAUCACAGGAAAGAUUGUAUUGAAAACAACUUCGGCGAAAACUGUAACUGGCAUCUAUAUACUCUUUGUGGGCCUGGCGCGAGUUGCCUUCGAUGAUACGCGUAGCGCUCAUACCAGGGACGAGCUGAGAAACGAAAGAUAUGUCUCAACGGCAGUCGAGACGUAUACGCGAUAUCAGCAGAAUGUUGCCGAUAGAGGCCAACUACCGGAUGGCACGCACACCUAUACGUUCUCCAUUCCACUGCCGGCCCAUUGCCCCACCUCGUGCCUGGGCAAGUACGGCAAAGUGUCGUAUGAGCUGUCGCUGGUCAUGAAUCGCCUGAUUAUGUUCAAGAAGGUGUUCCGCAAGCCGCUGGCCGUGCUGCAGCCCUACGAUCUUAACCUGUAUCCAGAGAUGCUAAGGCCCAUUGAAGUGGAGAAGACAAGAAAGUUUUGCUGCUGGCCCUUUGGCGGUGGCUCCGUCAAGCUGAACCUCUACAUUCCAUUCGGUGGCUAUGUGCCCGGGCAGACAAUCAACUAUAGCCUGCAUGUGGAUAAUAUGUCGCAGAAUGUUGAUGUCAAGGCCUUCAUGAUGACCCUGGUGCAGACCUACACAUUCAAGGUGGAAAAUACCCGACGCGUAGUUCAUACAUAUAUGCGCGGCGAACGGGAGACUAAGCGCGUGGCUCAUCAGACGAAACGAAAGCUGAGUGGCAGCUACGAAGUGCCUACGGUGCAGCCCUCGUCCCAGGGACCCCACAUAAUACAUAUAUCGUAUAAGCUACGACUAUCUGUCAUAUUCACCGGCUUCCAUCUGAAAUGGAACAUUGAAACGCCGAUUACUAUCGGCACGAUUCCAUUGAAGCAGAGUGGAAAUCGCGACCAGACGAAAGAAUUUGUACCCGAUGCCGAGAAGAUCGCAAAAAGCCAAGUGGAUCGACCGGCUCUAUACACUAGUACGACACUCCUCUUCCAGAGUCCAGAAAAGAUACGUAAGCAUUUCGUGGACCCCCACGAAGAGAGCAGGAAUCGCCCAGACGAUUUCAUGCCGAUCUACACCGUUUACGCCUACUACGCACAGCCCAAAGCGUCGCUCAAGAGACGGCGAGGGCUGACGCCGAGCAAUGACUCAACAUCCGAGACUGCUUCGGAGAAGGAUAUAAUUGUAGAUCCAGAUCAGUCUCCAAAAAAACCAACAGAUUAAGUAAUGCUUGUAGUGCGAACGGCGAGCGUUUUAAAUUAUUAUUUUCCUCCCUGUAUUUA